CCAAUGACCACAGCUGCGGAGCUGGUGAAUGACAGACAAAUAACACGACUGUGUUCCUGCUUCUUGCAGCUGACGGCCCUUGGCUUCAGCAGCCAAACCUCAUGAUUGUGCGCCAGCUGGCCUGUAGAGGCUUAAUUAACUCUCACCUGCAUGCUCACCUGAAGAGGCCACGGGGGAGCCAAGACAUGGCCAGACCCAGUUCAGACCUGGCAGCAUUCAGGGAGAUUUUCUCCAAAGCCAACAAUAUAGCCAUCAUCACCGGAGCAGGGGUGAGUGCAGAGAGUGGAGUCCCCACCUUCAGAGGAGCAGGAGGCUACUGGAGAACAUGGCAAGCACAGAGACUUGCCACUCCAGAGGCCUUCUCCAGGAAUCCGUCUCUUGUUUGGGAGUUUUACCACUACCGCCGUGAGGUCAUGCUCACUAAAAAUCCCAACGCCGCCCACAUGGCCAUCGCAGAGUGUGAGGACCGACUGAGCAAACAGGGACGCCAAGUUACAGUCAUCACUCAGAAUAUUGACGAGCUCCACCGCCGCGCCGGAUCCGAAAACAUGCUGGAACUCCACGGGAGUCUGUUUAAAACACGCUGUAUGAGCUGCGGUCAUGAAGCCGCCAAUUACAAGAGCCCCAUCUGUGCCGCUCUGGAGGGCAAAGGGUAA